AGAUGACCACUUGGAAGCGCCCAGAGCACGUACCCUUCCCACAUACGUGGCACACAUUUCUUGCACGCGAUCCCAACGCAAACGAUGAUCACCUAAUUAGCUAUCGCAUUGAAGAUCUGCCACUGGAACGGAUCGAAGAUGCCAUCCGGCACAUGUGCACCCACUUCCUGCGGGAUGAACCCAUCUGUCGGAGUCGGAAUCUGGCUAACGAUCCGGUGGGUGUGCGAGAGAUUUCCGAAGUGUGGCGAAAAGUGGCCCACCAGCGGUGUGCCGUCGUUUGUUUCCGCGAGGGAAGCGACGAAAUCAUCGGAUUGAAUAUGUUGACCGUUGUUUCACGCAGCGACCAGAUCAGUUCAAAGUUUGAAAGUCGCGCUGUGAAGGAUUUUGUGCGCGCCACUCUCUACAUGACGGAGAAGGGUAAACUUUUCGAGACGCACCGGGUGGACCACUUUCUUUCGGCAUGGGGAUUGUCCGUCCAUCCUGAUUACCGGGGAUUGGGCAUCGCAACGGAAAUCCUCCGGGUACGCAUUCCGGUGUGCCAAGCCUUUGGAGUACGGCUGAGUGCGACGGUUUUCUCCCAUCCCGGAUCGCAAGUUCCGGCGGCUAAAGUUGGCUUCCGGGAUGCCGUUGUGGAGCGGUUUGAAGAUCUGGCGGUGCGAGGGUUCCACUUCCCGGUGCCGGUUGAGUUUAAUAAGCUCAUGACGCUGACAGUGGAGAAUUGAAA